AUGGCCGCUGGGGCUGGGCUGGACUGGGCUGGGCUGCAGAGUCACCCUGGCCCCGCUGCUCCCCCAGGGUUGGCGAAGGAGUGCCUGGAGUGGAGACCCCGGCGCCGCCGGGACAGAUCUUUUCCGGAGCACUCGCUGUCGAGCCGUCUCGUGUGCGCCAUGAAGCGCAAGGCGCCCGACGCCAGGGAGGAGGCCUGCGUGCUGUGUCGCCGGGCCGAUUCCGACCAGGAUAAGUACGGCGAGAAACGCCGGAAGGAUGGUCUCUGUGCCCAUGAGAAUUGCCUGGCGGGCGGCAGGCCUUGGGACCCCGAGCAGGUCUCUGAUGGGGGGCUGCUGUGCUCUUUCCAGCUCUGCUACAUCUGUGGUGAGCGCGGGGCCACCAUUCGCUGCCGUCAGAAGGGCUGCAAGCGCAGCUUCCAUUUCCCCUGCGGCUGCGAAGACGGCUGCGUCUCCCAGUUCUUUGGGCAGUACAGGUCCUUCUGCCGGGAACAUUGCCCGGCACAAACAGUGCAGGCGCACCGGGACGGGGAAACCUCCUGCCUUAUUUGUCUGGAGCCCGUGGAGGAACAGCUCUCCUACCACGCUCUGGUGUGCCCCGCCUGCAGGCACGCGUGGUUCCACCGCGGCUGCAUCCAGGUAGAGGCCCUUCCCGCGCCCCUUGGGCACGGCAGGUGGCUAGCAGUGGGCAGUGCCCCGCUCACACUGCUUGUGCCUCUCUUGCAGCAACAAGCUCUCCGCGCUGGCUUCUUCUGCUUCCAGUGCCCGCAGUGUAAAGACAGGGAGACAUUCCUCUGGGAAAUGUCUUCCAUGGGGAUCCGAGUCCCUGUCAGAGAAGCUGCAUGGGAAGCAGAUGGUGCCUUCGACCAGCUCUACGAGAGGCACAGUCGAUGCGAUGCCAGCCGGUGCCUCUACACUCGAGGCAGAGAAGAGGCCGAAGACGAGGGGCCCUGGCACCUGCUCCUCUGCUGCUCCUGUGCUGCCAAGGGCACGCACCGCCGCUGCUCCGCCUUGAGGGCCACCGCAGACACCUGGGAGUGUGAUGACUGCGCAGGCCUGGGCACCUGUAAGAGGAGAACCUGGGUUCCCAACGGGUCCCUCCGGGCCAAGUCCAGGGCCAGGGCCAGGGCCAGCCUCCAGCACACAGUCGGAGACGACCAGCUCCAGCACCAGCAGCCAAGCGGCCUCGACCCCCAGCUGCCCGGCUCCUGCGAGCAGCAGCCGCCCAGGCCAGACCAGGCCACACCGCAGGCUGGGCCGCUCGCGACUACAACGCCGCUCACCGACGUCUGCCACCGGCCAAGCAGCGUCGGCCUCCAGCUCCCGGGCUCCUGCGAGCAGCAGCCACCCAGGCCAUGCUAG